UAGAUGUGGAGUUGAUUCUGAGUAGGUCACGAGUAAUAGCUAUACCGAGCUGAUACGUCCCAGCUGAAAACGGAGGGUGGUUCAGCGACUGCUACCCGAUAAACUUUUACCUAGCACCCUCAACUUAACCACAGCAACGCCAUGCACUUGCAUUUUUUAUGUGUACCUUGAGCUUCGGACUAAUCUGUUGUAUUCGGCCUACUAAUAGAUAAAGUUGUCGGUAUUGAUUUUCUCUAUUCACAAUAUUCGAAUCUCGAAAUUGAAUGCUUGAAUCAAUCUUGGUCGUUGUGUGCGCAACCCUUCUACGUCGUCGUCUUCUCCUUCCACCAGAGAUAUACAUACAGCAGAUUAGACGGGGGUGGGAGUUCGGAGUCGUUCAGGUCAGCUUAGCUCUCACCGGGCGGGAAAUGAGCUCGUCGAUGAUGCUGCGUCGUUUCUGCUGCUUCAGCGCGCCCGCCAUAGCCUCUUCCUCUGCUUCUUCAUCUUCGUCGCUCUCCCCUCCCAAGAAGAAGUCGCUCGUCUUCUUAGGUUCUCCUCAGGUCUCUGCAGUCGUCCUCGAGGCACUCUUCAAUGCUUCGACGGCGCCGGACUCCGCGUUUGAGGUUGCAGCAAUUGUUACUCAACCACCGGCGAGAAGAGAUAGAGGGAGGAAAUUGAUGCCUUCCCCUGUGGCACAGCAUGCAUUGGAUAAGGGUUUCUCUCCUGAACUUAUUUUCACACCUGAACGAGCUGGAGAGGAAGCGUUCCUGGCCAGUUUAAAAGCAUUGCAGCCUGAGAUUUGCAUUACAGCGGCAUAUGGCAAUAUUUUACCCAGGAAGUUUCUUAAUAUUCCACCAUUGGGCACCGUAAAUGUACACCCAAGCCUGCUGCCGCUUUACCGUGGUGCUGCUCCAGUUCAAAGAGCAUUGCAGGAUGGUGUGAAGGAAACUGGAGUAUCAUUAGUAUACACUGUUCGUGCUUUGGAUGCUGGACCGAUAAUUGCCAGAGAGAGACUCCAAGUUGAUGAUCAAAUUAAGGCUCCAGAAUUACUUGACCUUCUGUUCUCUAAAGGAUCUACACUUUUAAUACGUGAGCUUCCAUCCAUAUGUGAUGGAUCAGCUCAAGCGAAAGCACAACCACAAGAUGAUUCUAAAGCUACCUUAGCUCCCAAGAUUAUGCCCGAGGAGUCAUGGCUAUCCUUUGAUCAAGAAGCUUCUGUCGUGCAUAACAAGGUUCGUGCAUUUGCAGGAUGGCCGGGAACUAGGGCCAAGCUCUUAGUAUUUGAUAAAGAAAAUGGCAUUCAGAACGUCCUUGAGCUCAAACUCAUCACAACGAGGGUAUGCAACCAGAUCAAAUCUGAUGCCGGUGGAAGUGAUGAGAUCAGCAUCCACAAUGGUGCUUUGAUCGUUCCAUGUGGUGGACGCACGCAACUGGAGGUACUGGAGAUUCAGCUACCGGGUAAGAAGGUUGUGAGUGCUGCUGCUUUCUGGAAUGGUCUCCGGGGUCAGAUGCUGAAGAAAUUAUGACAGUUGCUGUUUCAGAAACUGAAAGCUGUUUGUGAUCAUUAGAGUGAACAACGCGCAUUUCAAAUCCUCUGAUUAGUUGGGUUCUGGUCGAUCUGCUCAAAUUUCAAAAUGUAUGGUUCCUCCUGAUUCGAAGUUAGAGUCUGUUAAGCAGAAUAGGAUUGAUCAUGGGCAACUCGAGUCUUGUUGAUAUGGCUCUGUCCGUUAGAAUCUAGCCCUUGCUAGGAGCUGGCUUAGGCUUGAACCGUAGCAUCCCAGCUCAGAUGGAUGGGCUCCAUAAGAAUAAGGCCCGCAAGUGGCAUUGCCCUGGGCUUUUAGGUGGGCAGCUAAAAAAGAUUGGCCCUAAAAGUUUCGCCUUUGUAUUUGGAUUAGGUCUAAUGAAUUUUGCCUGGAUUACCAAUAUAAUACAUCAUACUCAUCCAUAAUCCGCA